UCGACACGGCCCUCUCUGCUCGUCCCAUCUUGCCUACCUCCCUGUUUCGAACUCUCUUCUUGAAAAUCCGGUGGCGAUCCCCCCACCUUGAUAUUCAAAUUCCAAGUAGACCGCCAUCGACGUCGAUCUUGGGCUAGUCGAGCGCAGCAAGCUCGUUUACGCGUCUUUCACGUCCCCAUCACAAGGAACUGGAGGAGUGUCUUGCAAAGACACGUUUAUGCAGCUAUGGGAUCUGCUGGUAACGAAUCCAGAAACGACGAGUCUCAAGCAAGCCAACUCCUCGCGGCCGCGCUCAGACCCCGGGAUCCACAACCUAAUCCUCCCGUGCAAGAUGAGUCUCAUGGGUCCGAUGGGUCACUACACUCUAGCAACGCCAAUUCCAUCCACUAUCACAUGAAUGGCCUCAUGCCUACUCAGUCCCAGUCUUUGUAUGGCAGUCAAGAUCCUGCUAUCUUCGGUGAAGGUUCGCAGAAGGAGAACGCACCUACUCCGGCAGAGAAGAUCAUCCAGUCCCCUCGACGCUCUUCAGGGGACGGGUCGCCGCAUCGAAGUCAGGCUGGUUCUUAUCCUUCUCCGCCUCUAGACGUUGUUGCGACGGCCACAAACGCCAAGGACAACGCGUGCGCAAAGAUAGUUGGCCUGUCUAGCCAUCCAAACAAACCACCGUCAAAAGGCGGUAAAGCAGUUUCCUUCGCGUCUCCAGCCCGUCCCGCCGGCAGACCACAGCCUGCUGUUCGGGCAGCAACCACCCCCGCCAACCCGAUGCCCCCGCCUAGCAGACGGUACAGGUCUCUUUCGCCUGCGUCACAAGAUUCUUUUGCCGGUCCACUGCCCGAACGAGAUCCAAUUCAGGCCUACAUAGAGAGCUCAAAGGCCUUCCAAAUACCCUUGUCCCGUCUUGGCGACGACUCGCAGUCUCUCUCGGAAGGCGAAGACGGUCCUCCUCCUGUCUCUACCAACAUGUGGGCGUCCCGCCCGCGUAACCGAGCUACCCGCUCCUCGUCUCCUCCUGGCAAAGUUCUGGUUGAGGGUACUCCGUCCAACUCCUCGCGUUCGAACGACUCCCAAUGCCAGUCACAGUCUCAGCAUCAAGUUCACCACUCCCAGGUUCAGAAUGUCGACUCUCAGGAGAGCGGCGGCGAUACUCAGCUUUCUGACCUCUUCCCACCUGGUCAAGCGCAGUCGUUGGAGGCGGAGAUGGCCCUCAUGGAUACUGAUAUUGAAGAACCAUCUCAACAUGCUCGAUCCGACGCCUCUCCCGAGCCUUCCUCCUCAUACGAGCGACUUGUCAACCAAGACCCUUUCUCCCCUCUUCCCGAGUCCACACAACCUGCGCACAUGACUGUGGACCAGACACAGGUAGUGGAGUAUUCCAGACCCUCCUAUGAGGCCGAUGCGUCCUCCAUCCUCCAGCAUCACGACUUCUAUAACGACAACGGGCAGGUCGUCUUCCCAACCAUACCUCCCGGCGGACGCUCAGUACGCUCGGCGGACACCACCGCCUCCACCACUGCCCCUCGCGGGCUACUCGGCCUGGUCGCGCCCCACAAGCGAUAUCGCUACCUCGACAUCAAGCCUAGCACUGGGGCCUCCACGCAGUUGGCCACUGGGGACGCGGCCGCGAACACCACGGCCGGACUAGUCGAUGAUCUGGACGAGACCCAGAUCGUCGACGACUCCGCGCCCAUGAUAUCGGUGUCGGAGACCCAGCCCUCGCAUGCGCCCGUCAUACAAGAGAGCAUACAGUCCAUGCCACCCAAACGCACACUACCCACAGCAACCCGCAUGCUUCAGAACUUGAGAGCGCGACUCCAGUCGCCGCGGACGGAGAUCGUGCCCGACUCCGAGGAGACGCGUAUCGUCCCGGACUCCGACCCACCUGCCCCGUUCUCCUCGUCGCCUCUUACGGAUCCUCCGACUGCACAAUCCACCCCCGCCAAGCCACGCUCUCGUCGCGGACUUCAGUCUGAGGACGAGGUGUUGCAGGCGGUCACUAGGGAGGUGACUGCCCCGUCUAUCAGUGCAGUGCCGGAAGAGGAAGAAGAGGACGAUGAGGACGAUGUCCCUCUGGCGGCGACUGUCCAAUCCGCCAAGGCGAAAGGCAAGCGAAGGGCGGUUGAGUCGCCCGAGCCCGAGUCCUACGCUGCACCGUCCCCUAAGCCCCCCAAGAAGCCUGGAUUCCUGGACCGCGGUCUCGCACAGAACAGCUCGUCGUGGAGGGAUACCGUCAUCCCGUCCUCGGAUCCUCAGGAACGUCGCGAAGAGGCGGAGGUGCAGCCGAGGAGCGCGAAGCCGAAGACCCCCGUCACGCAGAUCGCCCCUCCGCUCCCGAAAACCCGCUCGGCUCCGCGCCAGGCGAAGCUUGCCGCGAAGAAACGUCUUCACGAGAGCUCUUCCGACGAGGAUGAGGACGAGGCGAUGCCGGACGCGGACGAUGAUGACAAGGACACGGAGCCGGCCGACGACCAGAUGGACGUCGAUGUCCCCGGGCCGAGCUCCAAGCCUGCUCGUGGGGGCAAACGCAAACGUACCGUGUCGUCCUCCGCACGCAAGAACUCAAACAAGAGCAAUGGGGCGAAGACGCCCAAGGAGGAGGUCAAUACGCCAGCUACGCGCCCUCCGAAGCGUCUGAAGUCGGGGUCUAGUGCGCGCAUUGUAUCGGGCAUCGACGCAACGCGAGUAUUCGCCUUGUGGAAGACCGACGGGCACUACUACCCCGGGACGGUAUACUCGUUGGUCGGCCCAGGGCGCUACCACAUCUACUUCGACGACGACACCGAGCAAGACGCGGAGCUCAAGUUCAUGCGCGCAUGUCUUUUCAAGGCCGGCGAUCACGUCCUCCUCGAAGACAAGUCGCGCGCCAAGGUCGUGAAUUCAUCCCCUUCCGACAUCGCAGGGCACCGGCCCGACGAUGCGAUCACCCUCGACCUCGACCUCGACGGCGAGGAGACGGUGGAGGUGCGGUCGAUCAUACUCGCGUCCCGCACGGUGGGCGCAGAGUGGGGCGACCGCAUUCUCACGGAGGACGCGAUCUCGACGAUCCUGAAGCCCAAGGUCCCAACCCCGACCCCGAAGGGCACCCCGGCCCCAAGCGAGAACUCUACCCGGGCGGGGCGUAAGCCGUUGCAUAAGACGGGGCUCGUUAUCACGUCGUCCCCAAGCAACGCCGGGGCAGCGCGGGAGGCGCUGGUCACGGGGAUUCGCAAGCACGGCGGGGUCGUGCUGGACGACUGGUCCACGCUCUUCGCGAUGGAUGGGGCGGUGGACAAGCGGGGCCAGCGGUGGAUACUCAAGGCGGAGGACAUCAAGUGGACGGGGCGCACCGACGUCGAGCGCGCGUUCUUGAUCUCGGACGACAAUCACCAGAAGCCGAAGUUCCUGAUCGCGCUCGCGCUGGGCAUCCCGUGCCUCUCGGUCGAGUGGGUGACGAGCUGCAUAAGUCAGGGCGUGGAGGUGGACUGGCAGCCGUAUCUCCUUCCGGCCGGGUUCUCGGAGCACUUGAACACCCGCGUCUCGCAGCUCGUCGACCUGGACUGGGGAAACAGCAUCGAGCACCUGAGGGGCAUCAAUGAGAACCUGGUCGCGGCGAAGGUGUUCUCGGAUAUGGCCAUUCUCUGCGUCAACAAGUUAUUCGUGACCUGUCGAGGGAAGAAUAAGAAGGAGAGCAACCCGUCGGCGGAAGCCGUCCCACAGAUCAUAUUGUGCAUGGGCGCGGAGCUGGUGGAGGCCGUGAGCGACCAGAAGCACGCGUCCCGCCCGCUGGAAAAGUAUGACUACGUUGUCGUCCGCGAAGAUGCCGACCGCGCGCCGUUCCACAACGUCGUGCAACACUGCGUCGACGUCAACUGGGUCAAGGACUGUCUCACCUCUGGGCGACUGCUGCCCCCUCCCCCGCCCCGGCCAGACACUUAAACCGUUUUGCAUUUGUGUACUCGUAGAAACAUCCCGCAUCACCCCCGCUCUGGCAUUGUGCUUGCACAUACUCCACCAUGCGUCCCAUCAUCAUCUUGCUAUGCAUCUCUCGUACGUUUAUCCACCAUCUCAUCUCCUCAUCAUAGUGGUUCUUCGUCGUAGUAGUAAUCGCUAUCGUACUGCCGC